AUGUCCGAAGCCGAGCCCCAAAACAUGCUCUUCGACAACAAACUCCAGAGGGAGAUCUAUGGUCCUUGGAAGGAUUACUACAUCAACUACGUCAAGUUGAAGAAGUUGUUGAAAGAGGGGGUUAUUUUGAAGGAUGCGUGGUCCGAGAAAGAUGAGCAGAACUUCGUCCAGGCCUUGGAUCUGGACUUGGAAAAAGUCUACACUUUCCAGCAUAACAAGUUCGACGAGUUGAACGACUACUUAAACGAGUUGCAGGCUGCCACUGAACAGCCUGGUGCUGAGUUUGAUGUGCUGGGCUUCACCAGCAAACUUGAGCUGGUGCUUAGCUUGGCGCAGGAAUUGAACCAUUUCCAGCGGUUGAACUAUACUGGGUUCACCAAGAUCGUCAAGAAACAUGACCGCUUGCACUCUGCGUACUCUGUCAAGCCCUUGUUGAAUGUUCGGUUGAAGAACUUGCCCUUCCACAGUGAGGACUACUCGCCACUUUUGUUCAAGAUUUCUGCUUUGUUCCAGUUUUUGCGUGAUAACUACAACUUGGACCAGGCUAUGUCGAAGUUGCUGUCUUUCAAUGACGAAUCCUCCGUGGAGGAGUACAAGUCGUUCAAGUUUUGGGUGCAUCCAGACAACUUGAUGGAAGUCAAGGCAACCAUCCUUCGUCGUCUUCCUGUCCUCGUCUACAACCAAAAGAAUGACGGUCUCAAUGACGACGACGACGAUGACGACGACGAUGAUGACGAAGAUCCAUACUCUAAGCUUUCCAAGAACGAUCCAAACAUCAACUGUUUGUACUUUGACAGUGAAAACUUCGAUUUGUACAACAACAAGUUGAUCAAGUCGCCUAACGCAAGUACCUUGCGUUUCAAGUGGAUUGGUCCAUUGUACAACAAGCCAGAGAUUCUGAUUGAGAAGAAGGUUUUCGAGAAGCAAUCUGAAACCUACAAUGUCGACGAGAAAAUCACUUUGAAGGAGAAGCAUUUGGAUGCACUUGUCAACGGUACCUUCGACGUCGAGAAGUACUUGAAGAAGUUGAGCCGUAAAGGCAAGUCCGACCGUGAAAUUGAUGACACCAGAAAGCACAUCACUUCCAUCGAGGCUUACAUCAAGGAAAACCACUUGCAACCUUGUCUCAGAACCACAUACAAGAGAACUGCGUUCCAAAUCCCUGGUGAUGACAAUGUUAGAGUCGUCAUUGACUCCGACAUCUUCUUCAUCCGUGAAGAUGCUUUCGACCAACAGCGUCCUAUCAGAGACCCCCACAAGUGGCACAGAACUGAUAUCGACUCCCGUGUCAACAACCCAUUUUCAUUGUUGAGAAAGGGUGAGUAUGUCAAGUUUGCCUACGCUGAAAUGGAGAUCAAGAUCAAGACCAGAAGAAAGGGUAAGAAGUUGACUUGGGUUGACGACUUGGUUCAAUCUCAUUUGGUCAAGGAGAUCCCUAACUUCUCCAAAUUUGUUCACGGUAUCUCUUCCCUUUUCUUGGAGGACGAUAAGUUGGAGAGCAUUCCAUUUUGGUUCAACGAAUUGGAGUCUGACAUCAAGGUUGACCCUCAACAGGCCAUGAUUGACACAAAGGAGAAGAUGGCUAAGUUGCAGACUGACGAGGAGAACUUGUUGAAAUUCAGAUCGAUGUUGUCGAAUUCUUCAAACUCCACAUCUUAUGCACCAAGAUCUAAGUCCUUCUCUGUGUCUGAGUUGGGUCUUCCUGAUGUUGCUAAACAAAGCCAGGACGACAAAGCUUUGGCUCCUAUAACUGAAGCCAAUACUGAAGAUGUGACUGCCACUACCUCUGGUGGUGACUUGGACCAAUCUUCGGACGAUUACGAGGAAGAGGAAAUCACCAAGAAGUCAGUGCUCCCAUUGCAGAAGCUCCAAGAUACUUUCUCUAAAUUGUUGGACGUUGAUUCCGAAGAAGAGGAAAUUGAUUUGCCUAUCGGAGUUUCCAAGCCAGAAUCUUACAUCAAGAACGCUGGUCCACUUCAAAUUGAGCCUAAGGUUUGGAUGGCUAACGAGCGUACCUUCAACAGAUGGUUGCAUGUUACCACUUUGCUUUCUACCUUGACAUUCAUUAUCUACUCCUCCACCAACAAGGCUAACUUUUCCACGUUAGCUACUUGGUUGGCAUACCUCUACUUCGGUUUGACCUUGUUCUCUGGAGUUUGGGGCUACUACAUUUUCAUGCGUAGAAGAGACAUCAUCAUGCAACGUUCAGACAGCCACUUGGACAAUGUCUUUGGACCAUUGUUGAUUGCCUUUGGAUUGAUGGCCGGUUUGAUCAUCAACUUCGUCUAUGGUUUCAAGAGUGUCUCCCAAGAGCUCAACGCCAUUAAUACUGCCGAGCUUGGCUCAUUCACUGCCUCUGGUAUCACACACGAGUUCCUUGCUAGAAACCCUAUUCAGAAGACCAUUUUGGACUUUGUGUUCAAACUCGUUGGCGCUUAA